CCAAAAUCCCCAAAUUUCUUAACCCUAAAUUCUCAAUUUUGCCCCAGUUUUAAUCAAUUUUCAAAAUUGAGCACCAGUUCCUUCAUCAUCUUGUGCACAGUCACCGAUGAUGCACACCUGUACCUCCUCUUAUCCGCAACUUUGAAUAAUUUUGUUUCAAUACGCAUAUACAUAUAAUAUUAUAACGAGAUACAUGUUGAUGUUAUCUUGAUCACAUUUUCAACUUGACUUCUGAUCUACUUUCAGAUCCCAUACCUUCAUCGUCAUUUCAAUCUUUAAAGGACCCACCUUUCUAUUCAAUUCAUCAAUACUUUCACACCCUUCAACACAAUUUUGAAUUUCCAGUUGCAAUUAGGGUUUGUUCUUCCCCAAUUUCGCAGUUUUCGUCAAUCUUUGCGGUUGAUUUCACUCUGAUUAAGGUCAGCUAUUGUUAAUCUUCAUUUAAUUUCGUUGAAUUUAACAAUUUAGGGCUUAAUUUGAAGAUUAGGGCUUGAUUUGAAAAUUAGGGUUUGAUUUGAAAAUUGGGGGAAAAUAUUGUGAAUUAGGGUUUUGAUUAGAAAGUUGAAAUUUGCACUUUAGAAAUGGAUAUAAGUAGUGAAGCGGCGGUUGAUCGGUUUUUAAUCGGACCGACAACCUUGUUUGGCAGAACGAUUGCUUUUAGGGUGUUGUUAUGCAAAUCAAUUGCACAUUUGAGGCAUCAGAUUGUACACGUGUUGUUGGAUUACCUACAUAGGAUUAGAACAAGUGUUUCCGACAUUGGUAGACCUGUUGUAUCAUGGUUGCACCCUAGGAACCCUCAAGGGAUAUUGUUGUUGGUGACAUUGAUAGCGUUUUUGUUAAAACGGUACACGAAUGUGAAGUUAAAAGCCGAAAUGGCGUAUAGAAGGAAGUUUUGGAGGAACAUGAUGAGGGCUGCGUUAACGUAUGAAGAAUGGGCCCACGCUGCUAAAAUGUUGGAUAAAGAAACGCCUAAGUUGAAUGAGCAUGAUCUUUACGAUGUAGAACUUGUUAGGAAUAAACUUCAGGAGCUUAGACAUAGGCGUCAAGAGUGUUCGCUUAGAGAUAUUAUUUUUUGUAUGCGUGCGGAUUUGAUUAGAAAUCUUGGAAACAUGUGUAAUCCCGAGCUUCAUAAAGGUAGGCAUCAAGUCCCGAAGCUGAUUAAAGAGUAUAUCGAUGAGGUUUCAAUGCAAUUAAGAAUGGUUUGUGAUUCGGAUUCUGACGAGCUUCUUUUAGAAGAGAAGCUCGCGUUUAUGCAUGAAACUCGGCAUGCGUUUGGUAGAACCGCUUUGCUUUUAAGUGGUGGUGCGUCACUUGGAUCGUUUCAUGUGGGUGUGGUGAAAACUUUAGUAGAACAUAAACUUUUGCCUAGAAUAAUCGCGGGGUCGAGCGUGGGGUCCAUAAUGUGUUCGGUUGUCGCUACCAGAUCAUGGCCCGAACUUCAAAGUUUCUUCGAGGAUUCGUGGUAUUCGUUGCAAUUCUUCGAUCAAAUGGGGGGAAUUUUCAAUGUUUUCAAAAGGGUUAUGACGCAAGGAGCGCUUCACGACAUUAGACAUUUACAAGUUCUGUUACGAAACUUAACAAAUAAUCUUACGUUUCAAGAAGCUUACGAUAUGACGGGCCGUGUUCUUGGUAUAACCGUAUGUUCCCCAAGAAAACACGAGCCGCCAAGAUGUUUAAACUACUUGACUUCACCUCACGUGGUUAUAUGGAGCGCGGUUACCGCUUCUUGUGCGUUCCCUGGCCUUUUUGAAGCUCAAGAACUUAUGGCAAAGGAUAGAAGCGGUGAAAUUGUACCGUAUCACCCGCCUUUUCAUUGGGGCCCCGAGGAAGCUACUGGCACGUCUGUCAGGCGUUGGAGGGACGGUAGUUUGGAGAUUGAUUUGCCCAUGAUUCAGUUGAAAGAGCUUUUUAAUGUAAAUCAUUUUAUCGUUAGUCAAGCAAAUCCACAUAUCGCGCCUUUACUCCGGUUUAAAGAGUUCGUGAGAGCUUACGGGGGCAAUUUUGCCGCAAAGCUUGCACAUCUUGUCGAAAUGGAAGUGAAACACCGAUGCAAUCAAGUUCUGGAACUCGGUUUUCCGUUAGGAGGACUUGCAAAGCUAUUUGCUCAAGAUUGGGAGGGCGAUGUUACCGUCGUUAUGCCUGCAACGUUAGCUCAGUACUCGAAGAUCAUACAAAAUCCGUCUCAUUUGGAGCUUCAAAAAGCCGCCAAUCAAGGCCGAAGAUGCACAUGGGAGAAGCUUUCUGCCAUAAAAGCCAAUUGCGGGAUCGAGCUCGCGCUUGACGAGUGUGUCGCGAUUCUAAACCACAUGCGUAGGUUGAAACGAAGCGCCGAACGCGCGGCUGCGGCUUCUCACGGUGGAUCAAACAGUGUCCGGUUUAACGCAUCGAAACGAAUACCGUCGUGGAACUGUAUAGCACGAGAGAAUUCAACAGGAUCUCUAGAAGAAGAUCUAGCAGACGCCACCCUCCACUACGGCGGUCGUAACUGGCGGCACCACCGCAUACACGACGGGAGCGAUAGCGAGUCAGAGAGUGCGGAGUUGAAUACGUGGACGAGAUCUGGUGGGCCGUUGAUGAGAACGACUUCUGCGGAUCAGUUCGUCGAGUUCGUUCAGAACCUAGAUACGGACUCGAAAAUGAACAAGGCGCUCAGGAGUUUCCAAAACUUGCGUGUGGUACCGCCUGAGAGAAGUUCGGAUCCCGAAGCCGAUCAACGGGAAAACACCCCUAACAACCGGGUCCAUACCAGUAGUAGUAGUGGUAGCAUCACGGUGGCUGCAGGCGAUCUUCUUCAGCCGGAGAGGAUACAUAACGGGAUUGUGUUUAAUGUGGUGAGGAAAGGAGACGUGACACCGUCUAACAGAAGCCAUGACUCGGAAUACAACUCACCGUCUCACUCGGUUGCUGAGUGUGUGCAGCUUGACUCGCCGGAGAAGGACUUGGAUGCUAGCUCGAAUUCGGAAUGUGGGCCUGUAGAUGAUGAGGAUGGUGAUCACAAAACCGGUGUUGAUGUGAAGGACUAGUGGCUCCUUGUGCUCAUGUUGAGUUUAGUUUACCCGGUUGAGUUGACUCGGAAUAGGUCUAGUAAGCAAUGAAUUGUAGACAUAAACGGUCUGUUGUAUUGUAUGGUUGAUAUCCAGCAAAUUGAAGUGGAAUCACUAUUCCACUCCACCAUUUCAUGCAUAUCUCUAUCAUAUAAUAAUAAUUGUUAAUAAUGUUUUUUUUAUGUAAA